GGCUUUUGCGGAGGUGGGAGAGACCGGAGAAGUGGGAUUGGUUGAUCUGACGAAGUACACAGCAUGGGGUAAUGGCUUGAAGCUGUGUGUUAGAACUGCUGACUAUAAUAUACCACAUUUUGCUGAUUAAGGUGAUUUUGUUGGAAGGAGGAUGGGAAUUGAAUGGUUGGGUGCGCAGCCAUGAACAGAAGCGAGCCAAUUACAAGGUGGGCUGAUAGUAAGAGGCAGGAAGACGAAAGCUUGCUUUGUUUCUGUCAGAUGGGCAUUAUCUGAUAGUGGAGGCUGGGGAAGAUGCUUUCAGUCUUGGAUUGAGGGGGACUCAUUUCUUCUUUCUGUUUCUCCGACGAACUAACAAGAAUUCAAUUCUGUUUACCUGGUCUUUCAAGAAGUUUACAAUUACCCAGCACCUAAAAAGUCUUAAUGAAUUUAUAUUUUCUUCUCCGAUGUCGAAGUUUUGUCCUAAGGCUCUAAUACGACUCCAACCCUGAGGCCGAUGAUCCCAUGGCAGCCGUGGUCGGAGCUUAUCAGUCGACCGACUUGAGUGGGCCUGCUUCGGGGGCCCAGUAAAUCAGUUAGGCCGAGCCCUUGUGCCGUUAGGAUGAAUCGAACGAGGCCCAACAUCUUUUGUUCUCCCUGGCCGUAAGCUACAGAUUCUCUCCUGGAAUGGACACAGAAAUUCUAUGUCCUGGGCUGCGCGGACUGGAUGAUGAGGAUGACAGAAAACAUUUUGAUUAGCCGCAGGUUUCUCACACAUGUUGUCCCCAUGCCAUGAGGCAGCCAAGAGCCAACCACGUCUCUCUCAGCAUGCAAACUUACAUGUGGAUCAGCCAUGAAAGCUCCAUCUGGGAACUCCCAAUUUAAGGGCAGUGAAUGCUAUCCGUCUCUCCUUCUAUUCCAUGAGCUUUUUACUCAUGAAGCGGAAGUACAUGGUUAUCUCCGAAAGUGACCCGUUUAAAGACCCACAGCCCAUGGGGGUGGAGGAGGACGACGGCCCACCGCUUCCUCCUCCGGAGAACGAUCACUACGACCAGCCCGUGCCGCAGCCCCCCGACUGGUUUACGAGGCCGGUGUUCUUCCUGGCUGACUUUAUAUACAACUGCUUGGCCCUGCUCUUCUCCCCCAUCUCCUCCCUCCUCUACCUGGCCUCCGACUCCUCCCACCGGGUCGAGGAAGCUAAAGAGAGCAUGGGAUCCGCCGUCCAGAGAGUCCCCUCGAACAUCACCCAGGGGAGCGUCCUCCUGAUCAGGAAGCUCGGGAUGGGGUUCCUCGGGGCGGCUUAUGUGUGCAUGGUGCUGAUGAUGGUGAUGGUAGCGUCGGUGGUGGUUGGGGUUGGGCUGGUCAGGACCUGGGUGGAGGAGCCGGUUCUUGUGAGGGAGAGGCUUUAUUUUGAUUACACGGAUGUGCACCCAAAGGCGGUGUUCCCGCUGUCCGGAAGUCCCGGGUUCGGAAGGGGGAGGAGCAGGGCCGUGUUCUGGAAGGUGCAUAAUGUGGGCGGAGUCCCUGUGGGACAUACCUUUCAGGUUUCAGUGUUGAUGCUGAUGCCCGAAUCCGAUUAUAACCACCAUACCGGGGUUUUUCAGUUGAGUGCAGAGCUCCUAACUGACACUGGCCAAGUCAUUGCGAAAUCGAGUCAGCCGUGCAUGCUACGGUUCCAAAGCCUCCCGGUUCGAAUCACACGGGCGUUCAUCCUGGGAGUACCUAUGAUCCUGGGAAUUUUCUCAGAGACUCAGAAGGUAAGAGUUGAUAUCCUGAAGCACAAGGAGGCGAGCGUUCCGAGAACAGAUGCCGUAAGGGUGACCCUGAUUCCUAGAGCCGGGACCUUCUCUCCCCCGCAGCUAUACGAGGCCGAGAUAGUCGUCAACUCCCAGAUUCCGUGGCCGAAGAAGCUGGUCCACAAUUGGAAAUGGACAUUCUCUGUCUGGGUCUCCUUCUACACUUACAGCAUGUUGCUCCUGGCUCUACUGUGCUGCUGCAGACCGCUUCUUCUCUCUGGUCCGGCGGUGAACUACAGAGAACGGCACCCCGAGGAAGAGGUCCCCACGGGCAAGGGCGAAGCAAGGGAACAGCAGAGAAGUGAUAGGACCGCUGAUGAUCAUCAAGAGAGGGACGUUUCGGAGCUGCUGAGGAAGCUGCGGCGAAGCAGAAGCAGGCGGAAAGCUCUGCUCAUGGCUGCUCAUGAAGCUGCAGGCUCAUCGGCAUCGAGCAUUAGGGUGAGCGUGACUAGAGAAGAGACUACGACGAUGACUAUGACCGGGCUUGCCGAAGACGAUGCUGGUGAUUCAGAAUCUGUUUGCUUAGGUUAAUGGUCGCGAGGCGCUAAUUUUGGUAGUUAACUGAGCUUCUUUGACUUUCAAUAUUUCAUAUCUUUUGGAUAAAAUCAGGAGUAUCACGAACUUGAUGACUGAAA